UCGGAGCGUCAGUCACUUAAAGCGGAGAGCGGAGCUUCCUCGGCGCUGUCCUGCGUUCGCUUUGUGGAAUCUGACAGGGAAGAAACGUCCCGAGUGUGUCGCUUGUGUCGGCUGUCGCCCUGUCUCCUUCCGAUGUAGACAUCCGCGUCGCUGUCGAUUUCCGUCUCGCCUUCCGGCCUUUCCGCUCACUCCGAAACGCUCACCUCGUCACGUCUGUUUCGAGAUCGCCUUGCCUUGCACACAGAGAUUCGAAAAACAAGACAACGGGGUGUAGGCGCGUCCGCCUUGAGGCAAGGGUACUUGCUCUUCAGGUGGACGACGUCCUGGCUCUUCAAAAGAAGUGGAGUGUGCUCUCGGUCGGCGCUUCCUCCCGAGGCUUGUUCUUGCUUCUCGCACUGCCGCUUCCUUCGUCCCUCGUUCCACGCACAUGCGACGGAAGAGAGGAGGCUAGCGGAAGCUGCAUGCGCUCGCUCUGUCGUGACACCCUGCCGAGCCUCGAGACAGAGGCAGCAUCCAGACGGCGGACCCUCUCCAGCUCUAAAGUGCAUUCGCAGAGGCGAAUGCAGAAGGAUGCGCGCACCGGACAGAGGAUGCUGAAGCAUCUCUUUCCUUCCGUCCCCAUGACCCUGUCGUUUCUUCCUCUCUCCAGUGCACCUUCUUCCCGCGAACGUCGGGUGGAGCAACACCCGUUUGCGCUGUUCUCGUCGGCACUCCAAGUGCGACGCUCCUACAAACCGCGUUUCAGCUCUCUGUGUUCCACCCAAGAUAUCGAAGGACCCCUGUUCCAAACUGGGCUCUUUUCCUGGUCGAAACGAGUCCUUUUGGUCAUUCCCUUUAUCGCAGCUCGGACUGUCCGCUGAACUGCAUCGUGGCGAUGGAGGCGAGAAGCGAGGGAGAGACAAACGCUGUUCUCCCGCCGGCUGUCUCCGCCGUACAGUCACCGGAAGACCUGAGCGUCAUGGUGGACGGUGCCCCUCUUCUCUCGCACACUUCGGUCCCCGAGUGGGCACACUUUUGCUUCAGAUCCAGAGCGUAUCGAACGGUACCCGUUGGCGGCGUGCUUGACGCCGCAGACGCUGAAACGCGGGAGACACUGUGGGACGGCGGCCGGACGCCAGACUCUCCACGCGGAGGAGAGGAGAAAGAGAAAGAAGACGAAUACGCACAUAUGCUCCACGACGUCCUCACUGCCUACGGAAACGUAUCGGAGCUGAACUACUUCGUCAGCUGCGAUCCGAGUGUACGUACACCCGACGCCGUCGACGCUUCCCCACGUGUGCAUACACCUGAGCCAGCCGGCGGCGCGUCGGGUGUACGUACACCCGAAGGGCCUCUAUCGGAUGGCGACUCUUGCGCGGCGACUUCGCCUGAGAAGAAAGCGAAGACUGGCGCUUCUGUUUCGUCUCCUCCUGCGGCGAAACACAUGCUUGUGUCCUGUCACGUUGGCCGGCGAGUGUGCGGCCACAAGGGCGUCGUCCACGGAGGUUUCAUUGCGACGCUGCUGGACAACUCCCUCGGCUACAUGGCACACUUUGUCUUUAAGCGCGCAGCCACCAAGAAGCUGGAAGUCUCUUUUGUGCGGCCUCUCCUCGCGAACGCCUUCAUCAUCGUCGACGUCCAAAUCGCGGACAUCGACUCUCAGAAGGGCGUCUGCGCAGUCGUCGGCACCGUCUAUGCAUGCAUUCCCGAGCAGUUAAAGCACCUGGGCAAACCAGGCAAGAGAGGCGAACAAGGCGAAAAGGGAGAACAGGGAGACAGUGCGAAGCCGCGAGGCGCGGAACCUGCCGUCCCCGAAGGUGUCUGGGUCGUCGCAGCUGGAAAAGCCAUCAUGGUGGACGUCACGAAGAAGUGGAAAGGCAUACAGUGAAACGCCUCGAACGAAAACGCAAAUUAAGGCGUCUUCUGGAACGUCUCGCUCUACUGGUAUAUCAACUACUUGAAGCCAACCGCAUUAUCCCUAAAACACGUAUAUAUAUAUAUAUAUAUAUAUAUAUAUAUAUAUAUAUAUUUCUACAUAUGCAUAUAUAUAUAUAUAUAUAUAUGUAUGCAUAUGUAUAUGGGUAUUUAUGUGUACAAAUGUAUAUAUGUGUAGGCCUGUGUUUCCGUUUGUAGGUUUAUCUGAAGUGGGCGAUCGACAGCUGUGGUGGAGCGAUGGAGUGUUUGUGUGUGUGGAGGCGCGUCUAGACAUGAAAACGAAGGUGGAACGUGCUUGGCCCCCAGGAGCAUUUCAAGGCGAAUCGCCGUUCUUCGUCCUUCGACUGGUUUUUCCACCUCGAGUGCAUGCGGUCACGGAACGCUGUGGCUUCGUCGUUUACUGGGGGGGCAUAUUUGUUUUACGCGGACCCCCCACCACCACGAGUGGAGAAAAACUCGUCAUUCAUCGAUGCGAGCACUGAAAGGCUCCUUAAUCUCUCGUUCC